AUGUUUGCCACAAACGCCUGCUUAUCCUGCCUAGCGCUGCUUUUAUGCUGCCUCCAGCCAGCAAUUGCCAUAAUAAAUCGGCCGCCCGCCGAAAGCAGCACGCUGAGCGUCAGCAAAGAGCUUGGUAGCAGUUACCUUAAUCAGCAACGACCACUCUGGAUACUGGAGGACCAAGUGCCGCAGAGCGACUACUCAGAAUUGGUCUACACCACGCCGAGUCCUUACAACUACCGCAUGCCACAGACGCAGUUGCAUGCACAGCGGCUGAGCGCAACACAGCUGCAACAAGGCAGUCAACCGCACAGGCUCGUACAGUUGCAGCAGCAGCAACCACCACGGGCUAUACGCACAGCACAACCAACACGCCAGACGCGACAGCAAACGCGCAUCGGCAAACACACAAUGCGCCUGCAACUCCCACGCCGCUAUAGGCCGCUGCAACGUGUGCAUUUCCAACAACGUCCGCCUCCGUUUUUGGCGCGUAAGAGACCGCGUUUUAUGGCUGGUAAUGCUGUGGUGCCGGCACGGCGUCGCGAGAAUUACAUACCGCGUCUCAGCAUGCCCACAUUCGAUAGCAUGCCUGGCGACGACUGUGGACGCGCCGCGCCAGUCUUCAUCUAUACUGGACCCAAAGGCGAGCUGAUAUUGAAUACCAUGCUGACAGCGCCGCAGUAUCCGAUGCAGGAGCCGGUGCCGGGGCAAGUGCUGUACCCGCCGAGUGUGCCCGUCUUUCGACCCAAACCGAUUGUGGAGCGUUUCCGCAUGCCGGGUAGCAGACAGACUUUAAACCUCACGCUUAUACCUUUCUACGAACACGAAGCCAUUGAUAUACGUCAGGCGGCACGUAUGUUGGAUCACGAGCAAGCGCUGAAUCGAGAGCCAACCACUACGCCACAACCCACUGUGGUUUAUGCUGCGCCAGCUGCCAUGCCUCCCAUUGCGGAUUCGGCGACCGCGGAGUCUGUACCGACAGUGAAAAAGUUAAACUUUAAAAAAGGCAAACACUAUUCGGCGUAUCACUCGCCUAACGAGGUGCAAUGGACGCCGUUGACCACGGAUCAGCUGAGACUCGUGACUUCGACUACAACUCCCUUUCCGUUGACGGCGCCGAGUCCGCCACAAAAUCAUCGCCUCGUCAAUGAUGAGGAAGUGACGCCCACAACACGGCCUUCCUUCAGCAAUUACAAAAUCACCUACGAAUCGGAGACGGACAGUAUGGAGGAUGACGUUGAAAAGGACGAGUUGUUAGUGGAUGGGGAUGGGCUGCGGAUUAUGUAUGUUGACGACAGUCUCGAAAGACCAACUACACCCACGAAAGUGCCUAUGUUGAGUUCACGCUACUCACUCUCCAAAGAGUAUUACGCCUUUCCGGUAUUCACACUGGGCAAGCUAUUGAAUUCCGAAACGGCAGGCGCUGAGAAACAGUUACCCGCUUAUAUGGUCCAAAAUACAAUUGAUAGUACGGCCCAGAAUGAGCAACAAGUAGAGGACAAGGGUGAAACGCUUUCAAAUGUGACUAGCGAUAAUGUCGGCGGAGAAGAAAGUAAUGUGGAGGACGGUGAGGCGGAUGAUGUGGAAACUUGGUUCAUACUGAACUCGAGAUAUAAAGGACAGCAUAGGCAAAACUCCAAUGAAUAUCGUCUGUCUUCAAAAUACAUACAUACGACGGAUAUGAGAGAACCCGACGAGUGA